UAGUAAUAUAUGUAAUAAAUGUAAAUAAAUGAACAAUGUCAGCGGUGGAAGACAUUAAUAAUACAAAUUUUCAAAAUUUAGAAUUAAAAUUACGCGAAAAAUUUGCUCAGCUGCAAUUUAAAGAGGAAGAGCUCAAUAAAUGUCAAGCACAAUUGACAGAAAACGAAAAUAUAAUUUGUAAACUACAAAUAAAUUUAGAAAAUGAGCGAAGAAAUUCCGAGCAGCUACGAGUUGAAUUAAAAUCAACAAUGGAAAUAAUAACACAGUUGGAAAAUGAAAAAAUAAGAGGGCAAACGGAAUUGAUGCAUUUGCAAAUGAACUGGGAGAACGCACAAAUUGGACGUGAAAAUUUAAUAGAUCAGGCUAAAAUAAAUAAAAUAGAGAACGUACGCUUGCAGCGUGCAAAUAAAAUUCUGGAAGCUGAACUUGCUGAACAAAAAAUGGUCAACAAAUUGAUCGAAAAAUCAUUAACUGAUUUGAGCCAACAGAUUAAUAAUUUGUGUCCCACAAUUUUUAGUAAUGUCGAGAGUUUAAAAAAAGAACAAGAGUGUCUUCGUAAAUCUUUCAAAGCAAUAACGCAAUUAAAUUACCGUAUUGAUAAUAUGGGACAUAAAAUUCUUGACAAAAGUAAACAUGAUAACAAAGAAUUAGCCGAAUUGCGUGAAAAAUUAUCACAAUUACAAAUAAUGUUGGCUUCUUAUUUACCACGUGCUUCAAACCCGCCAAAUAUAAAAGCAUGUCAUGGAUUAAGAGAAUUAACAGAAAAGCUCGAGGAUAACAAAAAGAUGGACAAGAAGCUCGAUGAGUUGUGCAAAAAAUUAGAACAUAUGGAGUCGACAAUUUCCGAUGAGUAAAAAAAAUGAUAAUUACUUGUAAGAUUAAUAAAUAUUAUUAAUUGAUGACAGGUUAAUGAUUAAUUAAAACACAUGUUAAUAGGAUUAAUAUAAAAUGUAUUAUAAUUAUAAUAAUCGUCGUCGUCGAUUUAUCUUUAAUUUGUUUUAAUAAAAUUGCUUAGUUGAGUCUAGAUGAAAUAAAACAGUAAUUAAUGCAAAAACAAUUAUUAAAGCGCGCAGAGACUUUAUCAAUGAACAAAUAAAAGAGAUCUUCAAUAAGUGAUUGUACAUCGGCCUUAGUAUUAUUCGUUGAAUUGCGCAUUUGCUUAGUUUUUUAAUUUUUUUUUUAACGUCUAGGAAGUUCUGACAGUAAUAAUAAUUAAUAAUUAUUAUUAUAAUAAUAAUAUCAACGCAAGAAAUAAAGAUAUUUGUUCUAUAUCAUCACAUCACAUUACAAUUGUGAUUUGUUUAAAUUAAUCAACAGUCAUUAAGCUGAAACAUCACAAUAUGUUACGGGUUAAUUUUGUGUAAAAGCUAUGAUUAAUAAUAUUUUAUAAUUAUAUUAGUUAUAUAAAAAUGAAUUGUAAUUAAUUUUAAUGAUAAUUAAUUAUAAAAUAAUUUUCGGUGUUAAUAAUUUAUCUCUCUUUGAGAUUUAUUUAUAGAUUUUUUACAAAAAAAUCUUACUUACAAGUGAUGUUUCGUCAUAAUCAAAUAAAUUUUAUCAUUUUUUUUCUUUUUUUUUACUUUUUUUUCUUUAUAUAAUUAAAAGGAAGAAUAAUUAUUUCUUACGGUAUUACAGAUGCUUUGUUUAAUUGUUUUUUUUUUUUUUUUUUUUAUAAAUUUGACAGUUAUAUCAUUGUACUAUCGAAAUGAGCGAAAGUUUUAUUGUAAAAUGUUUGUAGUUUUAUUUUAUUCACUUUUUUUCUUUUUUUUUUUUCUUUCAAAGU